AUGACCGUCACGAUCUCGGCCAUCAAUGUUGCAAGAAGCCACCUAACCGAUAUCGCAUCAGACAUGAGCUCCCAAAUCUACCAGAAGCUACCGAACCCGGCAACCUCGAUGCGUCUCCUCCGGAUAGAGCCCGGCUGGCCAGCGGAUCCCCUUUCGGUUCAACUCACGGUGGUUCCGGACCGAAACACGGCGCCUAGCUACGACGCCCUCUCGUAUGUCUGGGGAAAGGAUCUUAGCCCUGAACCUAUCUUAUGUAAUGGUUCGUCCAUCACUAUCACUGCGAAUCUCGAAUCAGCCCUUCGCGCCCUUCGGCCGUUCCCUGCCGUCGGAAAUCCUGCCCAGUACGGAGUGGAUGUCAUUGAUACGGACCAUCUGCUACAUUCCAGCAAACAUCCGUGGAAAAGCUUUGCCCACAAUCGCAAUGAAGUGGAAGUUAUCGAGUCUCGGAGGGUCAAGGCAUGCUCAGAUCAAACGACUGGGUUUGUAUGGAUUGAUGCGCUUUGUAUCAACCAGGCAGACUUGAAAGAAUGCGCGGAGCAAGUCAAAGGUAUGCGCGGUAUCUACACGACGGCCAAGGUUGUGCGUAUAUGGCUUGGUACAACACUUGUUACCGUAGAGGGUGUACCACGAGUCUUUCCUGAUGUGAAGACUCGCAAGCUCGAUGCUGCCUUUGGCCGUAUCCGCUUGACUGAGCUUGGUCACAUGCCCGUGGUAUUGAGCUUUUUAGCACAAGGUCUACGGAACGGAAGACGAAACCGCGAGGACCCCAGCUACAUUUCCGUACCGGGGGCCACAGUCGAGACUGGGAAGGGUGAAUUUCGCUCGGUCGGCUUCCCGGAGGCCUAUGCCCCCGAAUGGGCCAUACUGAUCGGGUUCCUUGAGCAGCCAUGGUUUCACCGUGUUUGGAUUGUGCAAGAGGUUGUCAUGGCUCAAGAGGCCAAAGUAAUGAUGGGUGACUGGGAGAUGCAGUGGGAACCCUUUGCGCGAGCCAUUGACAUGUUGGAACAAGCAAAGCUCUCAAUCUCGUACUCUCUGGAAGUGCGCAGUAAAGAGGAUCUCUGGAAAGGACUGCCCCUUCAUGAAAUCCGAUACCUCGGUCACAUACGUCAACUACCGGGCCGUACUAGCUAUCUCCUCCCUCUCCUUGACGAUUCACGUCAACGGAAAGCCACGAAACCGGUAGACCAUGUCUUUGCUGUCUUGGGCAUGGCCAGCGAGGUUGUCAACCCAGAUCCCAAACGCUCUGAUCUGUCGAGGUUCGUCACUAUUGACUACAAUAAACCAACGGCUGAAGUCUUUCGAGAUGCGACCUGGUUUAUUAUCCUAAGCCAUGUGACACUUUAUCCGCUUCAUAUGGUGGAGCUGAGCGACGACCGGACAAUGCAGGACUGUCCCUCAUGGGUUCCUCUCUGGACAGAACCCCUAAAGGCGAUGGGCCUGCAUCGGGACCUUUUCAAUGCGAGCCUGAGCAGGAAGAUGGAUAUUGAUUGUGAUGACGAGAAUACAUUUCAAGUCUCGGGGUACGCCUUCGAGCGUGUACAAGCCCUCAACACGGGUCUAAAAACCGCGGCGCAGACAACUGCAAACAUGAACAGUAACCCUGCUACCCAUUACCCACCUCACAGCGAGGACAUUGAGUUUGUCACAUCAGCCUGGAACCUCGCAGAAUCCUUCAAAACCAACACGGUAGGAGCGAAUGGGUUGCUGCAACGACCCUAUCAGUCACCCGAUGCCGUGCUAGAGGCAUUUGUCUACACUCUUUGCGGUAACUGGAACGAUGGCGACGACAGGGCCGACGCAUCUAGCGAAGUUAUCACCUCGGCAAAAGCCUGGCUCGAAAAGUUUAUGGACCGAUUUUCACAGUCCACUUCCCUUCUCAAUAGGGCAUGGCGCGCUUUUCAGGAAGCUACUGCUUUAGUUGAUCCGCUAUGGUUCCACGCUUGCAUGUUGAGAGGUUGCAUUUCUCGGCGUUUCUUCAUGACGUCUGGCGGGUUUAUGGGCAUUGGUCCCGAGUCGAUGAAGGAAGGUGACGUGGUAGUUGUGAUUUUUGGGUUGUCUUUGCCUUUUUUGCUGAGAAAGAGUGAAGCGGGUGCAAACAAGUUUCUUGUUGUUGGGCCUUGCUAUGUACAUGGCAUCAUGGAAGGGGAACUAGUCAAGGCGUUAGAGGGUCAACCUCCUCAGGUAUUCACCUUGAUUUAG